CACUCUAGUCUUUGAAUUUACUGACCUUUAUUCUAAUAUGAACAUUUCGGUUCCUAUUGGUACAGAGGUUGACUCUGUCUCUUUCUCAUUUUAUGAGCCUAGUGAAAUUAGAAAGAUUUCCGUCAAACAAGUUGUGAAUCCUGUUCUUUUUGACACUUUAGGUCACCCUACCAAAGGCGGUCUUUAUGAUCCCGCACUUGGUCCCUACCAAAAGUCCCAAAUUUGUGCAACAUGUUCUCAAAACCAUUUCAACUGUCCAGGUCAUUUCGGUCAUAUUGAGGUUCCUAUUCCUGCUUACAACCCCAUGUUUUUUGACAACCUUUAUGCUAUCUUACGUUCCAAGUGUGUCUACUGUCACCAUUUCCGUAUUUCCAGAGCUGUGAUGAAGAAACUUACAGCACAAAUGAAAUUGUUACAACACGGUUUGAUUCGUGAAUCGCAAGCAUUGGAUGAAGUCUAUUUCAACGGCAAAAAAGGUGGCAAGAAGGACGAAGAGAACUUGGAGGAUAAGAUGGAAGAGACCAGUCUUAUUUUAGCCAGUGCAGAGGAAUAUAUUGAAUAUAUCGACAAUUUUGUAAAGACUUCUUUGGCCGAUGAAGAAAGCCGUAAAUACGCUGCAAAGGAUUAUAAGGUCACUGUCAUUAAUGAUGUACGUAAAAAAGUGAUGGGUGAAUUCAUGAAAUUAUGUGUCCACACCAAGAAAUGUAUGAACUGUCAAGGCAUUUCUCCUCCUGUGCGUCGCGAUGGUGCUGCAAAGUUAUUUCAACUUGCUCUUUCAAAGAAGGAACAAGCUCAAAUGGAUCGUAUGAGAGAUAAUAUUGGCACUGUGAAUGAAAUUAAGGGUUUCAAUUCAGGUGGUCAACGUUACAUGACUCCUUAUGAAGUCCGUGAUCAUAUCCGUGAAUUGUUUGAAAAGGAAGGCGAGGCUACUACUUUGCUUUAUGGUGCUCGUGAUCCUCGCACCCCUUCUUUCAUCAAGAAGGCUUCUUAUCAUAUGUUCUUUGUUGAAACACUUGCUGUUGCCCCCACCCGUUUCCGUCCUCCUUCUGUUAUGGGUGAUAAGAUCUUUGAAUCCCCUCAAAAUGAACUUUUAUCUGCCAUCUUGAAGGGUAGUCAUAGUGUUCGUGACUUCUCCGAGGAACUUCAAAAGAUCGAAAUCGAAGAAGGUGUCGAUAAGACAAAGGUUGAUCGUACCCGUAAUAUGUUUGUUGAAUCUAUCAUCAACCUUCAACAUGCUGUCAACUCCUUCAUCGAUUCUACUAAAAAUCCCACACAAGUUGCCCAAGGUAAGACUGUACCUCCUGGUAUCCGUCAAGCCUUGGAAAAGAAGGAAGGUUUAUUCAGAAAGCAUAUGAUGGGUAAGCGUGUCAAUUACGCUGCUCGUUCCGUUAUUUCUCCUGAUCCAUUCAUUGAAACUUCUGAAAUCGGUAUUCCUCCCGUCUUUGCUACCAAGUUGACCUAUCCUGAACCUGUCACUGCUCAUAACAUCAAGGAAAUGAGACAAGCUGUUAUUAACGGUCCCAACAAGUGGCCCGGUGCCACUCAUGUUCAAAACGAAGAUCAAUCGAUUGAUGUUUUGGCUGAUCUCAGUAUUGAGUCCCGUAUUGCUCUUGCUAACUCUCUUUUAGCUCCUCAAUCUUCUCACACUGCUCAAACCGGUAACAACCCUUACCCCACCCGUACACAAACUAUUAACAAGAAGGUCUUGAGACAUCUCCGUAAUGGUGAUAUGCUCUUAUUGAAUCGUCAACCUACUCUUCAUAAGCCUUCCAUUAUGGCUCAUAAAGCUCGUAUUUUACCCGGAGAAAAGACCAUUCGUAUGCAUUAUGCAAACUGUAACACCUAUAACGCUGAUUUCGAUGGUGAUGAGAUGAAUAUCCAUUUCCCUCAAAACGAAAUUGCUCGUGCUGAAGCUGCUUUGAUUGCCAACACCGACAACCAAUACUUGGUCCCUACCUCUGGUGAUCCUCUUCGUGGUCUUAUUCAAGAUAGUGUUGAUUCCGGUGUAUGGAUGACUGCUCGUGAUACCUUCUUCACUAAGGAUGAAUAUCAUCAACUUUUAUACGGUUCUCUUCGCCCCGAAAUCGAUAACACUGGUGGCGGUAAGAUCCGAACUUUGCCUCCUACUAUUUUCAAGCCUCAACCUCUGUGGACUGGUAAGCAAGUUGUUUCUACCAUUCUCAAGAAUUUGACUUGGGGUAAAGCUCAACUCAACAUGACUUCCAAGUCCAAGGUUCCCCAUCAUUACUGGGGUCCCAACGCCGAAGACGAAGGAAAGGUUCUUUUUGUUGAAGGUGAUUUGAUGCACGGUAUUUUAGAUAAAUCUCAAUUCGGUGCUUCAUCUUUCGGUUUGGUUCACAACGUUUAUGAAAUUUACGGCCCUGAAUCUGCUGGUAUGCUUUUGAGUAUUUUAUGUCGUCUUUUCAUCAAAUUUAUCCAACAUCAUGGUUUCACUUGUCGUAUGGAUGAUUUGAUUUUGACCAAGGAGGGUAACAAAUGGCGUCGUGAUUUGCUUAACGGUGGUACCGAAUUAGGUACUGAAGCCCAUUUGGAGUUCCUCGGUUUAGCUGAAACUGCCAAGACUGCCACUAAGGAUGAUUUGGCUAAGGAAUUCAGCCUUCGUAUGAAUGAAGUCAUUCGUGAUGAUAACAAGCUUGCUGGUUUGGAUAAUGCCAUGAAGGCCAAGGUCAACAAAUUGACUUCUGCUAUUAACUCUACUUGUUUGCCUAAUGGUCUUGUUCGUCCUUUCCCCAAGAAUGACAUGCAAAUGAUGACUGUUUCCGGUGCCAAGGGUUCCAACGUCAAUGCUAACCAAAUUUCAUGUUUAUUGGGUCAACAAGAGUUGGAAGGUCGUCGUGUACCUUUGAUGGUUUCAGGUAGAUCUUUGCCUUCUUUCCGUCCCUUCGAUACCUCUGCUCGUGCUGGUGGUUUCAUUACCGGUCGUUUCUUGACUGGUAUUCGUCCCCAAGAAUACUAUUUCCAUUGUAUGGCUGGUCGUGAAGGUUUGAUUGAUACCGCUGUCAAGACAUCUCGUUCUGGUUACUUGCAACGUUGUUUGAUUAAACAUCUUGAAGGUUUGCGUGUCCAUUAUGAUCACACUGUUCGUGAUUCCGAUGGUUCCGUUUUACAAUUCCAUUAUGGUGAAGAUUCCUUGGAUGUUAUCAAGGCUAAGCAUAUUAACCAAUUCAGUUUCUCUGCCCAUAACUUUGAAGCCCUUUCUCAAAAAUAUAACCCCAAGGCUGCUUUAGAAUCCCUCGAGACCAAGAAGGGUGAAGAUUACGCCAAGAAGGCCUUGAAGAAGCCCAACAAGUAUGAUCCUGCAUUAUCUGUUUAUAACCCUGGUACUCAUCUUGGUGUUGUUUCCGAGCGUUUCGCAAUCGCCAUGAAGGAAUACAUGGAAAAGAACCCUGAUGACAUGCCUUUCGAAAAGGACGGUGAAGUUCCCAAGAACACUGCUCGUUACGCUGGUUUGACCAAGAGCAAGUUCAAGGCUUUAAUGAACCUUAAAUAUCUCCAUAGUUUGGUUGAAGCUGGUGAGGCUGUUGGUCUCUUGGCUGCUCAAUCUGUGGGUGAACCUUCUACUCAAAUGACAUUGAACACUUUCCAUUUUGCUGGUUAUGGUGCUGCUAACGUCACAUUGGGUAUCCCUCGUCUUCGUGAAAUUAUUAUGACUGCUGCCAAGAAGAUUAAGACACCUACCAUGUUGUUACCUCUUCGUGCUGAAACCAGCGCCAAAAAGGCUUCUCAAUUCUGUAAGUCUGCUGGUAAAUUGACUUUAGCUCAACUUGUCGAUGAUGUUUCUGUCAAUGAAAAGAUCACCGCCAAGAGCGCUGAAACCAACUAUUUGAGAUCUAAGACUUACUCUAUCCGUCUCAAUCUCUUCAAUGAGGACGAGUACAAUGAAGAAUAUCGUGUUUCUGCCAAGAGAGUCAAGGAGGUUUUAGCUACUACUUUCUUGAAGGAUUUGGAAGAAUUGAUUCGUAAGGAUAUCAAGGACACCAAGAAGGUCGAGGAUAUUGGAAAGGGUCACAAGAUUUCUGAAGUGAUGGAUGAUGAUGCUAACGAGAACCUUGGUGACGCCGCUGCCAAGGACGGUUAUGAUUCUGACGCUGCCAAUGAUGGUGAUGCCAAGGCUGCUCGUACAUCUGCUCAAAAUAAACAACAAGCUACUUAUGAAGAAGAUGAUGAGGAAGUUGUUGCUGAUGAGGUCGAUAAAUCUUUGGAGGACGAAGAAGCUGAAUUCGAAGAAUCUGUUUUGGCUGGUGAGGAUGAUGACGAGGAUGCUCCUAAGAGAGUCUCUACCAGAAGUGGAACUGUUGAACAAAACGCUGUCGAUAGAAGCAAAUACUGUAAGAACUUUGUCUUUGAUGAUAACAAUGGUUCUUGGUGUCAAAUCGAUUUGGUCUUCCCCUCUAAUACCAAGAAGAUCUUAUUGGUUGGUUUAAUCGAGGAGUCUUGUGCUCGUACUGUCGUUCAUGAAAUCAAGGGUAUCCAAACCUGUUUCGAGUAUGUCAACCCCACAGAAAACGAUACCUCUAAGCGUCUUCAAACCGAGGGUGUCAACUUAAGAGGCAUGUGGCCUUUCGCUGAUUUAAUUGAUGUCAACUAUAUUGAUACUAAUGACAUUGGUGCAAUUUUAAACACAUAUGGUGUCGAAGCCGCCAGAAACGCCAUUAUCAAGGAAGUGGGUGCCGUCUUUGGUGUUUAUGGUAUUAAGGUUGAUCGUCGUCAUUUGACCGUGAUUGCCGAUUACAUGACUUUCGAAGGUGGAUACAAGCCUUUCUCCCGUAUCGGUAUUGGAUCUAACGUCGCUCCUUUCCUCAAAAUGAGUUUCGAGUCCACUUGUAAAUUUUUGACUGAAGCAACUCUUCACGGUGAUUAUGAUACUUUAGACUCUCCUUCAUCACGUAUUGUCGUCGGUCGUGUCGUCGAAGGUGGUACCGGUUCUUUCGAUGUCCUCCAACCCCUUACCUCUGAAGCUUAAAAAACUUUCAUUUUUAAUUAUUCAUUCUCUCUAUUUUUUUUAUAUAAAUUCGCAAUCUCACAUUAUUACACACAACUAUAAACCAUUCGAAAAAAAAAUUGUUAAUAAACCAUGUAUAUCGCAUUCCAUAGACAUAUGCAAUACAAAAAAAA